AUGGCCGUCAUUUACAUCAUCAUUUACUCGUUGUACGGACACAUUAAAGCCUUAGCCGAAGAAAUCCAAAAAGGCAUCGAAGCAUCAGGUACCGGCUCAACCGCAAAAAUCUUUCAAGUUCCUGAAACUCUUUCGCCUGAAAUAAUCGCCAAAAUGCACGGGGCGAGCUUCGAUUUACCAAUUAUCAGCCCGAGUGAAUUGAAAAAUGCUGAUGGUUUUCUUUUUGGUAUUCCGACACGUUUUGGUAAUAUGCCUGCGGAAAUGAAGGCUUUCUUUGAUAGUACAGGGCAAGAAUGGGUGGCUGGUUCUCUUCGAGAUAAAUUCGCCGGCACAUUCUUCGCUACUGGUACCCAACAUGGUGGACAAGAAACCACCGCGUACACUGCCAUCACCUGGUUUGUGCACCAUGCUAUCAACUAUGUUCCUCUCGGUUAUACGGCUGAUGAAUUGCGAGACAAUACUGAGAUUGUAGGAGGUGGCCCAUGGGCAACUUCGAUGAAUAACAACACCAAUAAUAAUAACAAUGUCAUUACCACCAAUUCAACCUCAAAUUUCGUAGGACCGUCGACGACGAGUCGAGGAUUAAUAACAGAAGAAAAUAAAUCAGAAAAGAAAAAGAGAUCGAUGAAAGCUUGGUUUUGUUGUGGAUGUAUUUGA